CUCUUCAUCGUCUCGUCUUCUUCAUUUUAAAUUUCAAAUCCCUAACGACACCGCAAUGACGAUCGGAAUUUACGACCAUCAGCUCCCCGACUACACUCACAACUCCUACGACGUGACGUUUUACGACGAUGAAAUCCUCACUCUCGUCACCCACUCUCCCGCCAUGGUCGACUCCUGGAUCUCCGACAUCCACCGCAUCCACCGCCGCAGGCUCCACCGUCUCAUCGUCGGCCUCGACGUUGAGUGGCGCCCUAACUUCCGCCGUUACCAGGAAAACCCUAUCGCCACUCUCCAGCUCUGCGUGGGCCACAGGUGCCUCAUUUUUCAGCUCAUACGAGCACCGAGCAUCCCUCUGAGCCUCGUGAACUUUCUCGCCAAUGAUGAGUACACGUUUGUGGGAGUGGGGAUCCAAAAGGACGUGGAGAAGUUGUACGAUGACUACGGCCUGAAGGUGGAGAAUGUGUUUGAUUUGAGGGAUUGGGCUGCUGAAAAUACAGGAAAUCGAGGGCUGAGAAACACGGGGUUGAAGGGUUUGGCGUGGGCCAUUUUGGGGAAGGAUAUUGUGAAGCCGAGAAGCGUGACGAUGAGUCGGUGGGAUAAUCCGUGGCUGACGGCUGCUCAGGUUCAGUAUGCUUGCAUUGAUAGUUUUCUUUCGUUUGAGAUUGGGAGGAUAUGCAGUGCUUGAGUUCAUAUGGGCUCUGCUUUUUGCUCUUUGCUUUGAGAAUGAGAGUUUUAUUACUUUGUUAGACUACUGAUACUUGUGUCCAGUU